UAUACGUUGUGACACCUCGCGGUCAACGUUAAGGGAGAUGUAAUAUUUUCCGGUAAAGUAGUUUGGCAGUUACUACAGAGAUUAAGGGAGUAAAAGAGUACGUAGAAAAUGUAAAUUUACAUCAGGUGAAUCAAUCACGCUAAUCUGCAAUUUGGAUCGCUGCUUCGAGCGCGAUUAAAUUCUCGCGAGUCCGUUUGAUAUAACCAUCGGUGUGCGUUAGAUUAGUAGCAUAUAUUGCGAUAGAGCGCUUCGACGUGUAUCAAAACAUUGAUCGGUGCAGUGAAAGUGAUCAAAAUUAACAGAAUUUAAUAAUAUUUCGACAAUGUAGCCUGAUAUAUUAUAUUCGGUAGUAAUUUGAGUUCGCAUUGCUAACCAAUGCUUCUGUUACACACGUACGGGAAAAAGUGUGUUGAUUCGUGGUUAUUGUUCCUCCUCUGGGGCAUUAAUAGGUAAAAGAAAAUGAGCGGAGAUAUGUUCGAAGGGAAAGAUUACCCAACUCAAUGGGCACUCAAUCCUUCCGCUUACCAAAACAUGAGCAAUGAUCAAGUUGACUGGGCUGCAUUAGCUCAGCAAUGGAUCAAAAUGAAAGAGACUGUAGUACCACCAGCACCACCUCCACCUAGUGUUAACCCCAUAUGCUCUGGGACUGAUAGUGGAGAGGCCCCAAUGGAUAUGGAUACAAAGGAAGAUGAUGUACCGCCUGCCCCACCUGCUCCAACAAUCAGUGGAUCAGCUGAAGCUUGGAGUCAGUGGAAUCAGUGGGGCCAUUGGAACGCCACAGGUUCUGGUACAGGUACUUGGGAAUGGACUGGUGUACCUCCUCCUGGUGUUUCAAUAGGUUCUGAUGGGAAACCUAUGGGGAUUCCUACAGUACCUGUUAUUCCACCUGCUCCAACUAUUUCGACAACAACAGAAUUUAGUGUGCCACCACCAGCAGCACCAUCAUUAUAUUCUUAUAAUUCAGUACCUCCAACACAACCUUAUAGUCAGGUGACUAGCUAUUGGUCCGGAGAACCACCGGCUACGAUACCUCCUCAACCACCCCCUUUUAUGAAAGGAGUCAGACAUGCGAAUCGAACGCCGCAUAUGAGGCCUAUGGACCCUGUAAGGUGUCGAGAGGAUAGAGAGAAAACACCUGAAGAAGAUACGACCACAACUAUAGACGCUGCGAAGCGUAGACAGUUGCCAGCGUGGAUUAGAGAAGGUUUAGAAAAAAUGGAGAAAGAGAAACAGAAAGCUGUCGAGAGGGAGAGACAAGAGAUACUGAGGAAACAGGAAUUAGAAGCUCGGAAGCAAGCCGAAGACGAGGCUCGGGCUGUAUUGAAUCCUAGUAAAAGCAAAUUUGAUUCUGAUUCCGAGAAAGAAGCGGAACAGGAUCCGGAGGAAGGUGUACGUAAUCAGCAAGUGACUGAGAAAACGUUCGAACGGACUCCGGAUAUUCUUCUUCGUCCCCGGAAAUCACGAUUUCGCGAUGCAGACUCGCCGGAUGCUCAUACGUACACAGAUAGAAGUCCGACAACAUCUAAUACAAUUAUAGCAACUCCGAAGCGAACGCGGGAGGAGAUGCUACAAGACGUGAUGUUGAAGGUACGAAGGUCGCUGACGGAAAUUCUACUGGAGGUAACAAACGAGGAAAUCGGUUCUAUAUGCAGAGAGGUUUGGAGCCGCGCACGUGCCAAAGUCCCUGCAGGAGAGAUCCCCGUCGCAUCCCUCAACAACAUGGCCCCUCUUGCUCAGAUCACUCGUAAACUUGGUCUGGGCAUCUAUGGCGACAGCAACAGCGAAUCGGAGGAGGAGCAGAACGAACACGUCCAGACUCAAAACAAUGAUAGUGACGACGAGCUCAUUGAAAUGGUCAAACGGCGUCAACAAGCAUUCAAAAAGACGGAGGAGGAAAUCGAGGCGCGCCUGGCCGAAGAAGAUGAGAGAGAAGAUCAACGUUACGAGGAGCAGUAUAAUAAGCAACAGGAAAAUCAUACUGGUAAUACAAGCUGCAGGGAUUCAGUUGAUGAAAAAGAAACGGUAAAUAAUCAAAGAGAAGCUUCUGAAACUUUAUCGAGCGGCGGACAAAGUCCACAGCAACAAGUACCGCCGCCUGAUACGGCAAAGACCAAUACUCCAUCGGGCUCGGCCGAUUCCGAAUCUAGCAGUUCCGAGUCGUCGAGCUCUGACUCGAGUCGUAACUCGUUGAAGAAGAAACGAUCGAGCAAGGUUCGUGAUCGUGAAUAUCGAAAGAGGAAGUCGAAGAGUAGAAGUAAAUCGAGAGGCAGAAAGUCAUCUCGAUCACGUUCGUCCGAGCGCGGCCGCAAACGCAAGUCCAGGUCUAGAUCGAUAAAGUCCCGUAAAGAAUAUCGUUCAAGGUCUUCGAGCAAUUAUAGGUCCAGUAAGAAGCACAGAUCGCGAUCGAGAAACCGCAAGCGACGCAGAUCCCGCUCAAGGAGCCGUAGAUCUAGAUCCAGCACGGCAACCAGGAAAUGGUCACGAUCACCACAUUCCAGGGGAAAGAGGAAAUCGCGUUCUCAUUCACGUGGCAGGAGAAGAAGCCGGUCUUAUUCAACAAGACGUAGCAAAUCCCGUGGCAGAGAAAAACGGAGGACGUCCAGAUCCCGAUCCCGAUCUAGGGAUCGUAGAGACAGAUCGCGUACGCGCUCGAAACGCUCGCAAUCUUACGUUUCCAGGAGCAAGAGGAGGACGCGAUCUAGAUCUAGGGAUCAUAGAAAAUCGCGAUCGAGAUCAAGGCAGUCGAAUCACCGGGACGGUAAGAAAUCGUCAUCGCAUCGGUACAGGAAUUGAACCCUGACCAACUUCUAGCCAAGGUUGUAUAUACAUAUUCAUAAUUAAAUUACUUUUCGAGUAUGCUUCGUACGGAAAUAAUAAAAGAAUGAAAACGAUACAGAGGAAGAUUAAAAAAAGAAGGAAAGUAUACCCUUUUGUUGUCCAUAUACAUCAGGUAAUAUUAACGUACUACUAUCGAAUGCGAAGGUUUUCACUUGCGAUUGUACAUUUGACAUUUUUGCACGUGCGCCCGGGUUUUCAAUUAUCGGAUUAUUGUCACUUUUCCUAUUUCAUUAGGUCCGUUUGAGGAAUCUAUUAUUACCUCCAAUUGUAUAGUAUCCUAAGAGUUUGUGUAAUUAUUUUCAUUUAAUAGUCGACAGAUUUUUAACUUCUGCGUAUACGAAAGUCAACUAUUUUCCCUUUUAUUAGAUCUAUUUCGAACACACAUGAUUCACUUUUCUGUAGAAUAACAUAUGCGUCAACGGAUUCUUGCAUUCAGGAUUUCCGAUUUACCAUUAUUUUGUAACCAUGUAUCUAUUUUGUACGAAGAUAAAAUAGCAUGCAUUUCGCAAUGGUCGCUCAGAAUAACACGAAGUUCCGACUGUAUUUUCUCGUCGCUGUUAAUUUUCUCACAGACGUUCGAUUGCGUCGUACUAAUCAGUGAACGCUACUAACGACAAAACAAGAUAGUUUCAUUACAACCGAUCAUUUGACGAAGUAAGAUUUCCAGUCGUUUAAUUUUCAUCCUUGAUUUAGAAUCAUCAGUCCUUCUUUUAUGUAUCGGAUGAUAAUCGUCGCAUCGAAUCAGUAAAACGAAAAAGAAAUUGUUAUAAUUCUCAACAAAUCGCGAUGCAUCAUUAACAAAAAUAAUUAUACACAGAUACUUGCAAGACUUAUCUGUUGGUUCAGUUACUUCAUGUAUUAAAGAUUUACGUUUCGCCGUAAGUCAUGAUUUCAAUGUAUUGUAAGUACGGGCCUUACAUACAUAUUGCUAUGACAAGUGUAACGAGUCAUUUUUAAUUGAGAUGAAUAAAUAAAAAAUAAGAAAUAUACAUUAACGAAACAUGUAGACUUA